UUUUCAAACAAGGAAUGUGACAUCAACAUUUUGGAGGAUGGAAGAACAAUUGAGGAGUUCAUAGACUUAAAAAUCAAAGAGCUUGCUUCAGCGGGAAAUGAAGAGCCAUUCUUCGUGAACAAUCUGGACAUUAUGUUUAAGAGGCACCUCAAGUGGCUCACUAACCUCCCACGAGUCAAGCCUUUCUACGCGGUGAAGUGCAACAACACACCAGCUGUUGUACAGAUGCUGCGCACUCUGGAUACUGGGUUUGACUGUGCAAGCAAAGGUGAGAUUCAGCUGGCUCUGUCUCUUGGAGUGGCACCAGAAAAAAUCAUCUACGCUCACACAACCAAACCGAUGUCGCACAUCAAAUACGCCUGCGCUCACGGAGUGAACAUGAUGACUUUUGAUAGUGAGGAUGAACUCCUCAAGAUUUCUCUGUGCCACCCCAAAGCAAAGCUGAUACUCCGCAUUGCAGUAGACGACUCCAAGGCUCUCUUAAGACUCAAUUUGAAGUUUGGAGCCAAGAUGGAGACGGUGGGAAAGCUGCUGGAACGUGCUGAAGAGCUGGACUUGGAGGUUAUUGGGGUCAGCUUCCAUGUUGGAAGCGGAUGCACUGAAUGUAAGGCGUUCAAGCAAGCCAUAGCAGACGCUCGACAAGUCUUCGACAUAGCGAAUUUGAUGGGCUUCGAAAUGCGUCUCCUGGAUAUUGGUGGAGGCUUCUCUGGGAGAGAGGACUUCCAUGUCAAAUUUGAAGAGUUUACAGAAGUUAUCAAUGAUGCCCUGGACAAAUACUUUCCACCUGAUUCUGGGGUGCAGAUUAUUGCUGAACCGGGGCGGUACUACGUGGAAUCGGCCUUCACGUUGGCAGCCAACAUCAUGGCUAGAAGAGUGAUCACAGAUGAUGUGAAAGAAGUUUACAACGGUGACAACAGCCCUGAUAAAGUGAUGAUGUACUACCUUAAUGAUGGCGUGUAUGGCUCCCUUAGCUGCCUCAUCAACGACGCUGCCCACACUUCUGUUGAGCCGUACCUUCCCAGGACUGUCGAUAGCAGUGAGAAAACAUACCCCACUGUGGUCUGGGGUCCAACCUGUGACUGCCUGGACAAAGUCACCGACAGCCUUUGGUACCCAGAGCUGAACAUUGGGGACUGGCUUCUGGUCGACCACAUGGGGGCGUACUCUGUUAGUUUAACCACUGACUUCAAUGGCUUUGAACGAGCUAAUAUUUACUCUGUUAUCAGUGCAGACAUACUGCAAGCCCUAAACCUUUCCAACACCUACGACAUUAUCCACGCAUGA